AUGAUCGAGUUGAUCGACGAGAACUUUGUUCUCGUUCUCAAUCCGCCUGACAAGGUUUUCAGUCGACUCCUCAACACCAUCUCGAUGACGGAAGGCUGGGCGUUUCAGGAGAAUGACUACAAUAUCUGGGCGCACGAUUAUUCGAAACAUUGGCUUUAUACCGUACAGCAUAGAGGUAACGACUUAACUCUUUUCAAAAAAGCAGAAAUCUCUAUGUUUGUUCGAAUUCUGGAGAUUACUAAACUAGUUGAACAAAAUAAUCCACAAUAUCAGUUUUACAGGCACCGGCGAGCACAUCGCUUGCAUUUCGCUGGCUAAAAGUGAGAUGCGCGAUGGUUCUCCCCUCUACACCGUCGCCUUUUUCUAUUGUCUGACCGAGUAUCGGAGUCAAGGCCUCGGAAAGGUUCUGUUCGACAAGAUCGCCUCGAUUUACGGCGACCAUAACUGCUCGCUUUUCGGCGUUGGCACCAUGUGGAAGUGGUACGAGAAGCGCUACGGUUUCACGCAUCUUCAACCGUACUUCCACUGGUCCGCUUCCAUUGCGUGCAAGGAUUUGAUCAUUACAAACGAGGAAAGUAAGCUGAAGAUUGAAGAUGUGAACUUGAGAAAAGUUAUGGAGUACGAUGCGACUGUUUGUGAAAUGGAACGAAUCGUUUCGCUUAGAAGUUGGCUGACGGCUCCAGGAGUGCAUGCGAAGGUGACAAUUUUUUUCCGGUUUCACACAGAACACACAAAGCUCACGCUAUUUCUAGAUGGCGAUCUCCUCAAACGGCGCGUGCAUUGGGUACGGGGCAGUCCGUGAAGUGACCCUCAACCGGCUGGCCGUCUCGCCGCUCUACGCCGAUUCUCCGACCGUCGCCGCUCGAAUUCUCCGCUCCAUUCUCACCUCGUUCGACUAUUCGCCCUUCGACUCGAUCAUUCUGGUGUUCCCCGCGUCCGCGCCGAUUUCCGCGUUCCUCAAUCCGCUGUGCAACGGAAAGUUCGAGGCGCACGAGUUCAGCCGCAAUCAGUUCACCCGAAAAGUGUUGGAUGUCAACGAGUCGAAAAUAUUCGCUAUUCGACAUUGCGCACACGGAUAUGUGUGA